CACGGGCACUCGGUUCCUGCAGAUUUCUUCCCCAUGGUGUAACCUGCAUAGAAGUACAGUCAGCCCUCCAUAUUUACAGAAUACCAUUGAAGAUUUGGGAGGUGGUCUCCCUCUCGGACCAUAAAGAUGGUAAUCAAUGUCUGCCUCCCACAAUUUAAGCCGAGAAUCCACUGUAAUAAGAUCUCUGCUGAUGGCUAUGAAGUCGAUAACCUGAUCUCAGAAGAUCUUGCCAAGAGAAACCGUGGCUUCCGCUGUGAAUAUUUCCUCAAGCCCCCGGUCCACGUGACUCUGUCUUUCCCAUUCAAUGUAGAAAUUUACCGGAUUAAUAUAGACGUCUCCUCUGGCGGUUGUCACAACAUCACAGGGCUGGAUAUUUAUACAUCUACCUCAUUGAGCAAACCAUCUUGGGCCAGCCCAGAGUCUCCGUUCUCAGCUGGGCAACCUGCGUUGGACAAAGAGACGUUCACGCUAGUGGGGAAAGCAGUGCUGAAGAAUCAAAGCAAAGUGGCUUUCAGCAACCGAGGCUUCAAGCCCAGGCCUCCUUUCCAUCACCAGAUGGACACUUCUUUCUCUUUUUCUGGCUCGGCCUCUCUGGACCUGUGGAAUAAAGGCCCGACCUCCCUGAGCAGUGUGUCACAUUUGAAGAUCUGCAUCACCCACGUGGCGGGCGGAGGCCUUCCUUGCCUUAAGAAAGUGGAGGUUUGGGGCCAACCGGCUAAAUCCUGUUCUCACGAAGUGGUCGACGAUGUGCUGCGGGUGGCCUCCGCCUCCUUGGCCCCAGGCUUCGGCGGUCAAGCUGCCAGCCUCCCGUCUCCUAUGGAGAGCGAUGUGGUGCCCUUCGGCAACCCAGACAGCCAGGAGCAGAAGCUGAUCGAUGCCAUUCCGGACAUCCCCGAGGAAUUCCUGGACCCGAUCACCCUGGAGGUAAUGACGCUGCCCAUGCUGCUGCCCUCCGGCAAAGUGAUCGACCAAGGCACUCUGGUGAAGUGCAACCGGAGCGAGGCCUCGUGGGGGCGAGUGCCCAGCGACCCCUUCACCGGGGUGGCCUUCAGCCAGCACUCCCAGCCCCUUCCCCACUCAUCCCUCAAGGCCAGGAUUGACCACUUCCUCCUCCAGCACAGCAUCCCUGGCACCAACCUCCUCGGGAGGCGGGCCCAGUCCUUGGGGACAGUGGUGGCCUCUUCUAUUGCCAUGACUUCUCUCAAAAGGAAGAUAGACCUGGUGGAACAGAAGCUGGGUGGCCACCGCGAGGUGACGGAGCCGUCCCGCUUUUCAGCAGCAAACUCUCUGGUCACCUCUACCUUGGAAUCCUGUGCUAAAAAAAUGAAAAUGGAGUGUGAUGCAAACUCCUCCCAGAUGGACUGCUCAACAGAACUGGUUUCUCACGAACAGAGGCUUUCGGAAAGCUUGGAUAGCGCCUUGAACUCCGCACUCAGCAACAUGCCAUUGUUCACGGCCACCUUGGCAAAGGGGCAACAGCAGCAGCCGCAUGGUAGUUCUAGCAGCCCAUGGAACGCAAGCAGCGCACAUGAUCUCAACAGCAGCAGUAGCGCUGGUGGCCAGGGCUGCUCCUCCUGCUCUCGGACCUUUUCUAUAUAUUUCAAAGCGGAACCCGUGUAUCAGCUGCCUUGUGGCCACUUGGUCUGCCGCGCUUGCCUGGCGGAGAAGCAGAAGUCUUUAUCGAUACUGUGUAUGAAUUGCAAAAGGUUGGUCGCCACACACGACAUUUUGAGAGUCCAUUUCUAGCACCCUUCUCUCCGGAAUGAUGCAACCCGAGGAGUAUGUAAACUGUGUAUGGGGUGGGGAUGGGGCUUGGAAAAAGCAGAGGAAGGUGACAUGGGGUU